CGCGCCGUGGGCUGAUGCGAUGGCGCUGUCGGGAGCCGUGAACAGGUAUCUCCUGCUCAUGGCACAGGAGCAUCUGGAGUUCCGCCUGCCGGAAAUAAAGUCUCUGCUUUCACUUUUUGGAGGUCAGUUCACCAGUAGUCAGGAAACUUAUGGAAAGUCUCCUUUUUGGAUUCUUAGCAUUCCCUCUGAAGAUAUUGCCAGAAACUUAAUGAAACGGACAGUGUGUGCCAAGUCUAUAUUUGAACUAUGGGGUCAUGGAAAGUCUCCAGAGGAGCUGUAUAGUUCUUUGAAAAACUACCCUGUGGAGAAGAUGGUUCCAUUUCUGCAUUCAGAUUCUACAUAUAAAAUAAAGAUUCACACAUUUAAUAAAACGUUGACACAAGAAGAAAAAGUCAAACGGAUAGAUGCACUUGAAUUUCUGCCAUUUGAAGGAAAAGUGAAUUUAAAGAAGCCACAACAUAUAUUCUCUAUUUUGGAGGAUUAUGGUUUGGACCCAAACUGCAUCCCUGAGAAUCCACAUAAUAUCUAUUUUGGUAGAUGGAUUGCAGAUGGGCAGAGAGAGCUUAUUGAGUCAUACAGUGUCAAAAAGAGACACUUUAUUGGAAAUACAAGCAUGGAUGCUGGUUUAUCAUUCAUCAUGGCCAACCACGGAAAAGUGAAAGAAAAUGAUAUCGUAUUUGAUCCAUUUGUUGGAACAGGUGGCCUUCUGAUAGCAUCUGCUCAUUUUGGUGCAUAUGUAUAUGGGACAGACAUAGACUACAACACCGUUCAUGGCUUGGGAAAGGCUAGUAGGAAAAACCAGAAAUGGAGAGGACCAGAUGAAAACAUUAGGGCAAAUCUUCGUCAAUAUGGUUUAGAGAAGUAUUACCUUGAUGUCCUGGUUUCAGAUGCAUCUAAACCUUCUUGGAGGAAGGGCACAUAUUUUGAUGCAGUCAUCACUGAUCCUCCAUAUGGUAUUAGAGAGUCUACAAGAAGAACAGGUUCACAGAAGGAAAUACCAAAGGGGAUAGAAAAAUGUCCAGAAAGCCACGUUCCUGUUUCCUUGAGUUAUCAUCUGAGUGAUAUGUUUUUUGACCUGUUAAACUUUGCAGCUGAGACCCUCGUAUUAGGUGGAAGACUAGUCUAUUGGUUACCAGUGUACACACCAGAAUACACUGAAGAGAUGGUACCCUGGCACCCUUGCUUGAAACUCAUCAGCAACUGUGAGCAGAAGCUUUCCAGUCACACAUCAAGGCGCUUGAUAACGAUGGAAAAGGUGAAGGAAUUUGAGAACCGGGACCAGUAUUCACAUCUGCUGAGUGAUCACUUUCUGCCGUACCAAGGUCAUAAUUCCUUCCGUGAGAAAUAUUUCAGUGGGGUAACAAAAAGAAUUGCCAAGGAAGAAAAAUCUAGCCAGGAGUGAAAAUUAGGAUCUUUGACAAUGGAGAAAGAAUAAGGAUUUGAUAGAAAAGACAUCUGGAUGUGAACUUUCAUGUAUGAUACAGAAAAUGUACUGUUUUAAAUAAUUUUAUAUAACAAAAUAAAUGCUAUAAAGUCAACUGAACAA